GAACAAUUUGUCCCACCGGCGUUUUAUUUAGCAGCAGAAGGUCGUCCGCGGCGAGGCGGAAUUUGACAACAUCAAAGGCAAAAGUUAACGAAAUAAUUCAACUUUGGUGCGAGUUUGAGACUCGGGACGCGGAGUGAUGUGAGUAGAGCUGAAAAAAUAGAAGAACGCGGCCGUACGUCGCCGUUGGUCGGGCUCUUAUGAAACCAAGCUAACGUUAGCGGCUGACUACCGUCACUAGCAACGUUCGCAGCUGCGAAAGCGGCAGGAGACGCCGUCCAAGUGAAGAUAAUCAAUUAGCUAAAGCUACGUGUUUAUCGAUACACCCGCGCUGAGGCAGAAGGGGUUUAGACUGGGACCUUGAAUCUCUCUGCCUCCCUCGGUCUUGGACCAGAUCCCGGGCUUAGCCUCUGAAACCCAGCAACUCCCUUCCUCGAGUGGCUGGUUUGAUGGCAGCCACAGCCGGUGCCCGGAGGUUACCCAUGGGUGUGCGCACAUUCAGUGACUUUCUCCAGAUCGCCACCGUGGGCUCUCCUCGCUCGUGUCGGACGACGGUGCCCAAAGGAUGCCUGCGACAAAACAUCAGACACUUGUCGUCAUGUGGCAUUUUGAUGACAAGAACUCCCAGGGUGCUUUGCCUUCAAGACUGGGACGUAAUGACAACUGUUCCUCAAAGCAGAAACUUCAUCAGCCUCACCAACAAAAGGAAGGAGUACUCCGAGCGUAGGAUACUUGGGUUUUCUAUGCAGGAAAUGUACGAUGUGGUGGCUAAUGUUGACGAAUACAAGCAUUUUGUACCUUGGUGUAAGAAGUCCCAGACCAUCAUGAAAAGAGCUGGUCACUCCAAAGCCCAGCUUGAAGUGGGAUUCCCUCCAGUGGUGGAGAGAUACACGUCUAUGAUCACUAGUGUUAGGCCUCAUCUCGUCAAAGCAGUCUGUACAGAUGGAAAGCUGUUUAAUCACCUGGAGACGAUAUGGCGCUUUAGUCCUGGCAUUCCCGGUUACCCUCGCACCUGCACGGUAGACUUUUCUAUAUCCUUUGAGUUCCGCUCUUUGCUGCACUCCCAGUUAGCCACCAUGUUCUUCGAUGAAGUUGUAAAGCAGAACGUCGCUGCGUUUGAGCGGCGAGCCAGCAAGCUUUACGGCCCAGAGACUCGUAUCCCACGAGAGCUGAUGUUUCACGAGGUGCACCAGACGUGAUCUCAGCAACUGUAUGUCUUCAUCUGGCCUUAAACCAUACCAACCUUUAUUCCCUUUAUACACCCAAACCUGCAUGAAGCGGCUUAGACAGCCCCUACAUCAAGUCUCCACUGCUACAUAGACGUCAUAGCGGCUACUGAAGAUGUAGGACAUUUAACUCUCGUUAGCAUAAUGUCGGAAUUCCUGCCACAACAAGUUCUUGCUUAUUUCCCGUCUCCUUGUGUUAUGUGUUCCGUUUCUGUCUACCUCCAGUUUCAGGUGUCCUCUUUCAGCAGAAGGAACUCGCCAUUGCUCUUGACAGUUACAAGCUGUAUUUAUGUAAACAGAAUAGUAAAUCAUUGCAACGCCAUGUUACCAGUAUUAGAGAGUCGACUAUUAUUUUUAAAAUACCCUUUUAUGUUUUUUAAAGGCACAGAGGCCCUUUGAGCCCGACUGUCACUUGAGGCUGCUCUAUUCGCCUCUCUGACACGUUAUCUUGUAAACUUCAGCACUGGGAUCAGCUGGUUAUACUAGACUAGAAAAGCACAGUCUUUGCCUUUUACCAUUUGCUUUUAUUUCAAAUGCAAGAUUUAAUAUAUUGUUUGACAUACACUAGUGCUAUAGCUGCAAAAUUCAUUUCAUUCUUUUUAAUUUAUUUAGCAGCGGUUAUGCAAAUUGUUACAGUUUUAAUGGGAUUCAAAUUAAAGGUGCCAUAUUUUGGAACGUUAAAAGAGCGUUGCUGCUGUACGUUAUGAAGUGCAACAUUUCGUAAAAGGAAAAAUGUCAUUUCUUCACUAGUGAAGUGCUGCCUCAGGUGACUGAGGUUUGGGAGGUUUAGCUUUAAACUGGUUGAUGUGCUGUGAGAAUUGUGUUUUUGGACAUUGAAGCUUAGCCCGCCAGUUUUCAUAAUGCCUUAUUUUACAGCCCAGCAAUCAAACUUUGCACAACCAAGCACACCUGAGUGACUCCACAGAAUAGCUGGAGGGUUCUGUGACUGCGCUGACAACAAAACUGUCACAGAUUAUGUCAGGUAACGACAACUUUAAAUUGGAUAAAUAGUCUAUUCUAGAUUUAUGUUACGGAUUCAUAAAUUAAGAGAUGGCAUUUCGUAUGAUCACAUUUAAUGCUGCUUUAUAUUUUGAAUAGACGGCAAAAUAAAAAUGACAUGCCAGGUAGAUGUCAGAAUCAGAUGAGGUCACAGUCAUAAUAACCUAAUUGAUUACUACUGUGGUGAGAAUAAUUUCUCAACAAAUGUAGAAGUUUCCCUACUCAGUUUUGAGUAUUCUGUGAUUUAUCUUCUGAAGGUGAGGAUGAUCAUCUCCUGUCAUGUACAUUCGUAAUAAAAAUUACACUGGUGGGCUGUAGAAUAAAAUAUUGCAAAUCAUUUAUCAUCGUCUGUGGGUUUCAUGCUUAUUUGUGGACUUUUAGCCUUUGUUUAUAUACAUUUUGAUGCAUGGAUGUAAGUAACAAAAAGAAAAAUGUAGACAUUUUUAGUGUUGCACUGUCAGGGCAUGAAUUGAACUUGUUAAAUUUCGAUUUCAUAACAAAGUAGCCCAUCACUUUAUUCCACAAUAAAGGGCUCACUCAGUUAACUGAUUGUAUUACCAUAGUUUGGAGGUGGUCAAGAGUUGAGGAUUUCAAAGGUCAAGGGAGGAAGUCAUUCAGUGUGUGACCAUCCUCAUGUUCGUGCGUUCAUUUUAUCCAAAUGCUUAAGUUUCAAACUUCAUUAGAACCAAACUCUGGGUUAAGCUGAUGUGGUUUAUUUUCUCUCUUGGUGAUUUGGAAAUGAGAAAGUUACCAUCGAUGCAUGAGGAAUGUAUAUUAAAUUGAAGUGAAAAAGAAAGGAUCAGACUACGUUGGUAAAAGAUUGCUGAAUGGUGUUUUCAAGCACUGCAUUUUUAGGGAAUAAAAUAGAUCAAAUCUAUUUUAUACUAUUUGGGCUUGUGUUCAUAUUGUUAGUGAAGCUGCAUCUUUAAGAAUUCCUCCUAACUGCUGGAUUUUAUUGUUUUAUAGAGCAAUGCGUUACUUGAAGUACAUUGCACGGAGAUUCAAUUCGAUUUUGCUAUUGUAGGUGCCAAUACGCAUUGUAAACACUUUAAUACAAAACUAUAAAUAGAAGAAAUAUUUUAAAAGUAUUAUCUGACAACCUGAGCUCAUCUCCUCCACUGUAUAUUUUCACAAGGACCAUUGGUCUACCGGUGGCAGCCUGGUAUAUUUCCACGGAGAUCUAUCGUUGACUUGAGUUGCUACAAUUUGGAAUUCAAUCACUUUAUGUUGCAAGCUAAAUCGCACCUUUGUAAAUACUGUGGGUGUAUAAUAAAGCUUUAUUUAAAUAAAAAGAGGUGUCACAUA